AUGGUCCGGUCGAUCUGGUUCCCGACCCGGUACCCCACCCGGUUGGCCCGGUUGGUCCGACUCCCCACACGGUCGGUUCGGCGCCCCGUGCGGAUGAGCCGGAUGAUCCGGUUCCCCAUCCGGAUGGUCCGGUCGAUCCGGUUCCCGACCCGGUACCCCACCCGGUUCCCCACCCGGAUGGUCCGGCUUCCUACCCUAGACCCGAUCGGUCCGGUUCCCUUCCCGGAUGACCCGGAUGAUCCGGUUCCCCGGUCGGAUGGUCCGGUUGAACCGGUUCCCGACCCGGUACCCCACCCGGUUGGCCCGGUUGGUCCGACUCCCCACACGGUCGGUUCGGCGCCCCGUGCGGAUGAGCCGGAUGAUCCGGUUCCCCAUCCGGAUGGUCCGAUCGAUCCGGUUCCUGACCCGGUACCCCACCCGGUUGGCCCGGUUGGUCCGACUCCCCACACGGUCGGUUCGGCACCCCGGUUCCCCAUCCGGAUGGUCCGGUCGAUCCGCCAGGACCCGACCCGGUUCCCCACCCGGAUGGUCCGGCUUCCUACCCUAGACCCGGUCGGUCCGGUUCCCUUCCCGGAUGACCCGGAUGAUCCGGUUCCCCGGUCGGAUGGUCCGGUUGAUCCGGUUCCCGACCCGGUACCCCACCCGGUUGGCCCGGUUGGUCCGACUCCCCACACGGUCGGUUCGGCGCCCCAUGCGGAUGACCUGGAUGAUCCGGUUCCCCAUCCGGAUGGUCCGGUCGAUCCGGUUCCUGACCCGGUACCCCACCCGGUUGGCCCGGUUGGUCCGACUCCCCACACGGUCGGUUCGGCACCCCGGUUCCCCAUCCGGAUGGUCCGGUCGAUCCGCCGGGACCCGACCCGGUUCCCCACCCGGAUGUUCCGGCUUCUUACCCUAGACCCGGUCGGUCCGGUUCCCGACCCGGUACCCGACCCGGUACCCCACCCGGUUGGCCCGGUUGGUCCGACUCCCCACACGGUCGGUUCGGCGCCCCGUGCGGAUGACCUGGAUGAUCCGGUUCCCCGGUCGGAUGGUCCGGUUGAUCCGGUUCCCGACCCGGUACCCCACCUGGUUGGCCCGUUUGGUCCGACUCCCCACACGGUCGGUUCGGCACCCCGGUUCCCCAUCCGGAUGGUCCGCCUAGAUCCGGUUCCCUUCCCGGAUGACCCGGAUGAUCCGGUUCCCCGUCCGGAUGGUCCGGUUGAUCCGGUUCCCGACCCGGUACCCCACCCGGUUGGCCCGGUUGGUCCGACUCCCCACACGGACGGUUCGGCACCCCAUGCGGAUGAUCCGGAUGAUCCGGUUCCCCAUCCGGUUGGUCCGGUCGAUCCGGUUCCCGACCCAGUACUCGACCCGGUUCCCCACCCGGAUGGUCCCGCUUCCUACCCUAGACCCGGUACCCGACCCGGUUCCCCACCCGGAUGGUCCGGCUUCCUACCCUAG